CAGAAUAGUCCAAAGAGAAUGUGAGUGAUGUCCAGCCUAAAGGAGAUUUGUGCCGGGUUGCCCCUUGAUCCUCUUCCCCCAAACCGAGGCCGAGAUCCCAGUGUUCCUCAUGCACCUGUCCGUACUCCAAACCUCACUCCAGCCGAAGAACGGGUGGCUUUGAGGAAUGCUUUGAGAUACUUUCCUCCCAGUCUGCAUGCGACUCUGGCUGUAGAGUUUGCGCAGGAGCUCAGACAGUAUGGACACAUUUACAUGUACCGCUUUUGUCCUGCACUGCGCAUGAGAGCAUAUCCUAUUGGUCAGUACCCAUGCAAAACCAGACAUGCAGCUUCCAUCAUGCUUAUGAUUAUGAACAAUCUGGAUCCUGCUGUCGCACAGUUUCCUCAAGAGCUGGUCACAUAUGGAGGAAACGGACAGGUGUUCAGCAACUGGGCACAGUUCUGGCUGGUUUUACACUAUCUGAGCACCAUGACUGAAGAGCAGACCCUUGUGAUGUACAGUGGUCAUCCAUUGGGUCUCUUUCCCAGCCUUCCAUCUUCUCCACGCUGUGUUAUCACUAAUGGCAUGGUCAUUCCAAACUAUUCUUCCAGAGAGGAAUAUGAGAAGAUGUUUGCUAUGGGCAUUACCAUGUAUGGGCAAAUGACCGCUGGAAGUUACUGUUACAUCGGCCCUCAGGGUAUCGUCCAUGGCACCAUGCUGACGGUGCUCAAUGCAGGUCGGAGAUACUUGGGCUCCAGUGAUCUGAGAGGUCGUGUGUUUGUGACUUCUGGUUUGGGUGGCAUGAGCGGAGCACAAGCAAAGGCUGCAGUCAUUGCCGGAUGUGUCGGGGUCAUUGCUGAGGUUGAUGAAGCUCCUCUAAAGAAAAGGCAUGAGCAGGGCUGGCUGAUGGAGGUCACGAGUGACUUGAGCCACUGCAUCCAACGCAUCAGGGAGGCCAAAAAAGCAGGGACGGCGUUGAGCUUAGGCUACCAUGGAAACAUUGUGGAUCUCUGGGAGUGCCUGUACCAAGAGUUUAAGAAGACAGGAGAGUUGCUGGUUGAUUUGGGUUCUGAUCAGACUUCGCUUCACAAUCCGUUCAGUGGAGGAUAUUACCCAGUGCAGCUUACUUUCAGACAAGCCAGUCAGCUCAUGAACACUGACCCGCAGCGCUUCAAAACUUUAGUACAUGAGAGUCUCCGCAGGCAUGUCGCAGCCAUCAAUAAUCUGUCUGAUGCAGGAAUGUUCUUCUGGGAUUACGGCAACGCUUUUCUCUUAGAGGCCCAGCGAGCAGGUGCCGAUGUACAGAAGAAAGGAGGAGGGGCAACUGAGUUUAAAUAUCCCUCAUAUGUCCAGCACAUAAUGGGAGACAUUUUUUCACUGGGUUUUGGGCCAUUUCGUUGGGUCUGUACCUCUGGUGACCCUGCUGACCUGGUGGAGACAGAUGCAAUCGCUACCGCUGUACUAGAAGACAUCAGCUCCACAGUUACUGAACGAGUCCGACAGCAAUACAGCGACAACAUCCGCUGGAUCCGCGAAGCUGGGAAACACAAGAUGGUUGUGGGUUCACAGGCUCGUAUUCUCUAUUCAGAUCAGAGAGGAAGAGUAUCCAUCGCCUUAGCAAUUAACCAAGCCAUUGCUGAGGGCAGAGUGUCGGCUCCAGUGGUGAUCAGCAGAGACCACCAUGAUGUCAGCGGAACCGAUAGCCCUUUCAGAGAGACCUCCAAUGUUUAUGAUGGAUCUGCUUUCUGCGCAGACAUGGCAGUGCAGAACUUUGUUGGUGAUGCUUUUCGUGGUGCCACGUGGGUGUCUUUGCACAACGGAGGUGGAGUAGGAUGGGGAGAGGUGAUAAAUGGUGGAUUUGGAUUGGUUCUGGAUGGAUCUGAAGAGGCAGAGCGAAGAGCUAGAACAAUGUUGAACUGGGAUGUCUCUAACGGGGUGGCACGGAGAUGCUGGUCAGGCAACGCUAAUGCUUAUGAGACAAUUCAGCGCACCAUGGAGGACCAGCAACAGCUGUUAGUCACAAUGCCUUUCCCUGUAGAGGAAGAACACAUCCUGGACCGAGCACUGCAGGGAUAAACUGAACUAUACACACUGAAGUUGAACAGAAUUACUAGAAACAAUUUAAACCUUAUUCACACACACAUACACACACAAAUCAGUUACCAGAAGCACAAAUACUGUUUUGUUCAAUCUAAAAAUGGUGGUUAAUGAAAAUCUUAUUAAGCCUUUAACAUAAAAAUUGCAGUCAAAUACAUCAGUGUUCAAGAUUAUGCUGUAAUAAUAGAUUUCAACUUUUUUAUGGUACAAUGCCUUGCAAAAAUAUUCAUACCCCUUGAACUUUUCCACAUUUUGUCACAUGACAACAAACAUAAAUACAUUUUAUUGGAAUGUUAUGUGACAGACCAAAGCAAAGUGGCAAACGAUUGUAGUUAAUUAUACAUUUUUUUUUUUUACAAAUAAAAAUCUGAAAAGUGAAGUGUGCAAUACUUUGUGGAACCCCCUUUACCCCCUUUAGGUAUGUCUCUACCAGCUUUGCACAUCUAGAGACUGAAUCUUUGCCCAUUCUUUCUUGCAAAACAAUUCAAGCUGAGUCAGAUUAGAUGGAGAGCAUUUAUGAACAGCAGUUUUCAGAAUUUGCCACGGAUUCUCGAUUGGAUUUAUGUCUAUUGUUGGAAGGUGAAUCUCCGCA